AUGGACAUCCUCAUUAGUAACAUUGAGUAUGCCUUGCUCAUAAUCAAUUUCUUACCCGAUGAGCUUUCCACCUUCAUCUCCCAGCUCUCUGCGACUGCAAAGCUUGCUGCCUGCUUGCAAGGUGCACCUGUCAUGCCUACGACCAAUAACAGAUCACCCAUAUUGGCUGUUCCGGUCCUUGAUGUGGAAACACUGAUGGAGUUGGUGCUUGAAGAAUGGGAUCACCAUCAGGGUAUGAUGGGUGAAGCAAAGGCAAAGGACACUGGUGUUGCUGCUAGUGCUGUUGUGUCUGAGAAACCCACCUGGAAAGGUUGCCGCGGUCCGCAGCGUCCAGUCGGUGUGUGCUGGAACUGCAGGGGUAAGGGCCACAGGAAGGAUCAGUGCCCCAGCCCCAAUCUUGAUGCCAUGAACAACAAGGACUCAUCCUCAUCAUCAUCAAAGCCUGAUGCAUUGCUGCAGAAGGCUGCCAUUGCCGCUGCCGCAACAACUGCCAGUGCAACUGUCCCACCGCUGGAUGAUGUUGCAGGUGCCUGGUCUGCAUUCAUAACCGCCAACGUCGCAGACUCCACAUCCAGCUCGUCUGAUGAUGAUGCAUGUCUUUGGUCAUCCGAUGAUGAUGCCCACUCAGACUACACUGCUCUUACCGAGGAAUCUGACCAUGAUUCUUUGCCGUCACUACGCACCGAGUCUGACUCGGACUCAGAUGCUAUGCCACUGCCCAGGGUGCUUCUAGUCGAAGAUCCUAUCACGCCCGAACCAUUGAGUAUGCUGCUCUCGAUGGAGGCCUGCCUUGCCGCUGUAUGCUUGUGGAUUGAUGAUGUUGAUGGCGAUGUCGAUAUCCACGCUGCUGGGUCUGCAAUUGCCGCUGCGAACACCAUUGCUCCCAUCCAAUCUGCCGACCUGUAUGAUUCGGGUGCCAGUCAUCACAUGUCGCCGUACCAAGAGGAUUUCCUCACCUUUUGCGAGAUUUUGCUGCAAACCCUGAGCUCUGCCAAUUAG